UCUCUCUCUCUCUCUCUCUCUCUCAUUCCUUUCAUACACCCAACGUAAUGACGAAAGUAUACCCUAAAGCCGUCGUUCCUCCGCCCCUUUCUUCCGACCGCCACCGCUUCUCCACUGAAUCCAACAGCAACGCCGCCGUCCUCACCGUUUGGAAGAAAUCAUUGCUCUUCAGUUGCGACGGAUUUACAGUCUUCGACACCAAGGGCAAUCUCGUCUUUCGAGUCGACAACUACGCCGCCGCCAACAAGGCGGAGGUUGUUCUCAUGGACGCCUCCGGCCGAUCUCUCCUCACCAUCCGCCGCAAGAAGUUGAGCCUUGCCGAUAGUUGGCUGGUGUACGACGGAGAUACGGCGGUGAAUCCUCGUUUCUCGGUGACGAAACACGUGAAUUUUCUGAACCCUAAAUCACUGGCGCACGUGAGCUCUGCAAAGAAAAAUAACAGAAACGUGACUUACGCGAUCGAAGGGUCUUACACGCAGAGGUGCUGUGUGGUGUAUGACGACAAACGGCGGUGCAUGGCUGAGAUCAAGCGGAAGGAGGCGGUGGGAGGGGUUGGCUUCGGCGGAGAUGUUUUCUGGCUGGUUGUACAGCCUGGGAUGGAUUCCAGUGUUGCCAUGGCCCUCAUCGUCGUUAUGAAUCAGAUGUUCGGUGGUUCUUCACGGCGGUGUAAACCCUAUUAAUGAAAUCAAAUUCAACAACCCAUCUGGAUUGCGGAAAGAGAGUGAAAGAUGAUCGAAAAUGGAGGUGAAUUCAAGAUGACAAAUCCAUCAUCCAACUCCAAUAAAAAAAAAGAUGACGUGUCAAAUGUUGAUUGGUGGAAAAAAAACUAGCACAAGAUAGGUGGAUUCCUCUCCCUCGAUAUAAAUUUUUUUAAGAGUAAUUUUAUAUACAUUUCAAUCCUUUUUGGGUUCGAAACGAUAUCUCAUUACUCUUUGAUGUGUUAUGAUUCAAACUGAUGAUAUCGAGGGCUUGGUUUUUUCGUUUUAGAUAAAGGAUCAAGCUCCGGAUGAGGAGUAUUUCUUUACACAAAUAAAACCAAUUAAUGUUUCACGUUUUGAUU